AUGCCCAUGAGUCGUUUACUCGGUCUUCCGGAUUAUGACACAUUCCGUUCUGUAUAUCAUCCUGCGGGAAGCGUUUACAAUAAUCAAAGUUGUAAUAGAUCAAGCGAGCAAGAUUCUGUAGACUGCUUUAAUGUAAUUACUAAUAACCUAACAAUAGCAAAAAUUUUACAACAAAUUUAUGGUAAAGUCAAUAAAAUAGAUGCAAUAAUUGGAAUGUUUGCCGAGAGUAAAGGUAAAACUACUCCUUUACCACCAACAAUUACCGCAAUUAUGAAAGAGGAAUUUCUUCGAAAAAGAAGUGCUGAUAGAUUUUGGUAUGAAGGAUCAAAAUAUACAAGCGAUGAAAUUAAACUAAUUAAAAAUGCUACUAUGAGAGAUAUUAUUAUGAGAAAUACUGAAAUUCAAAAUAUACAACCUAAUCCAUUUAAAUCACCAGGUUCUAAAGAUAGUUUAG